AUGGCGCGGCCCAUACCGCACGCUGACUUGCGGCUCUUGCCGAAACAGGGCGACAAGGAGAAUAAACCUAAAGAUAGCCAAUCGUUUCUAGACAUCACAAUAGAUGGUAUUAAGAAUACAACUAGUAAGAACCUCUUACUAGGGACUGUUACGGGUUGGGCCGCGGGCGUGUCGGUCGUCCGAGUGGGCAGGAUCGCGGCGUUCGGGCUCGGGGGCGGCAUCAUCCUUCUUCACUUCGCCGCCGAGUUCGGCUACAUAAACGUAAACUGGGACAGAGUGAAGGAGACGGCGGGGGAGAGCCAGCAGUGGCUGGACAGAGUACUCCGCUUCGUCAAGAAGAACAACUGCUUCUCUGUCGGUUUCAUGGGCGGGUUCUUCUUCGGCGUGGCUUCCACAGCAUCAAAGUAUGGAGGGAAUCCCGACCGAGUGGUAAUUCUCCCCGUGAAACCAAUCCUGGAGCAGGAGCGGGCGCUACCACCGGAACCUAUUCCACCGAAACCUCCAGAACUCUAUCGACCUGACGAAAUCAUGUUUGAAAAACCCGUGUUUCCCAUCCCAACGAAACCUAUCCCACAUUCUCCAAAAAUCUCCCCAUCAUCGAUCCCAAAUCCCAAUCCAAGCGUUAUGACUCCAAAGCAAGUGGACGGGUACCCCAAUUUCGGAAGCUACCUUUACUCAAUACCAGGAUAUUCGGCGUUUCAACCUAUCAAUUCGGUUCAAUACCCGCCUAUUAUUCCAUCAACCAUGCCUCCUUCCAUACAGUCCGAAGUUUCGACUUCAGAUUACAUGCCAUUCCCAAAUAUGAAUAAAGAACCCCAUACGACACCUAUGGUUGAUGUUGAAACGACAGCUGACAUGGAACCAUCUAAAGAUCUACCAAAACAGCAGACAGACUUCGAGGAGCAAUUUACUCCCGAAAUAAUAACAGCUACUUCCAACACUGAGGUGACCAACCCACAAACGACAGAGUCUAAAAUGAGCAUCACAUCAUUAGCACAAGGAUCAGGUGCUACGGUCACGAUACCCUCACAAAUACCAAACAAAGAAUUCAAAAAGAAACCAGAACGGUUUAGUUUAAAAACGAGUAUACCCAUUAGUAAAAUAGAUAUGAAAUGUCAACAGAAUCCACAAGUGCUAUUGCAAAGAGCUAAUUUCGAUUCAAAAAACCUGCAAGCUCCUUCACGACUGUCAAACCAAAGUAAGAAAUGCAAAGAAGAUGUAGUAAAUGAAAGUAGUUCGUCGAAAGUGGUUGCAUUGAAAAGAAUGCACCAAGAGAAUUGCGACGAGAAUGAUUUCGAAAAUUUGAUAACUGAAAAUCAAAUAUAUGGUAAUAAGAUAGUCGUGAAGGAGAAAUCUCAAGGAACAUCGCAGGAACAAGAUUUGAAAACUAAAAAAGUGACUGAAAAGGUAACGACAACAAUAACUGAAACUAAGAACGUAGUUCUUCAACCAAAUUUUGUAUAUCUGAGUAAUGUUCAAUUUCCCAAUUUGAUGAUGAUUAAGAACAAUUCGAAAGUUACACAAACUUCCGAUUCUAAUAAACCAAAAUUAGCACCAAAGGAAAUAAAAAUUGCGCCCGAAAUUUCUACGCCCACUACUGUUGCUGCUACAGCAGUUGCCGUACCAGUAGCAAUCGCACCAGCAGCCGUGACACCAGCAACAAUAUGCACUGAAAAUAUUACAGAAGUCAAAUCUUCGAAACCCAGUACUGUAGUGAAUCAAGAAGUACAAGUAUUAAAAACGAGUAGCAAUGUGUUGCAAACUCUUCCUAACAUAACAAAGCCUGAUAUAGUAAUCCAAGCCAAUCCAACUGUUAUUGUUAGCCCACAAAUAGUUUACCAGGUACCCAUUACCACUAUCGUAGAUGCUGAAAAAGUAAAUCAACCAUUUAAAAAGCGAGACUAUCAGAAAUUUAUUGCACCGAAAAAGGAGGCCCCCAAAAAAUCUGACCAACGUAAAACGAAUGACAAAUUAUUUAUUGCUUGCCCUUACCAAAUGGAUUCAAAAUUACAGCCUAAAAUAGUUAUCACAAAUUUAAGACCGAAAAUAAGUAAAGUGGAAGAAGUUAGUUCUUUAGAUGAUUAUGAGAAACGAAAACGUUUAAGACGACUCAAAUAUUUGUCAAAUCGUGACAAUAAAGAAGUUAAAACUGAUGCCAAACCUGAACCCGCUAAGAAAGUGAUUGAAAAAACUGAAAUUCGUAACAAUAUAAUUACACCUGAUAAAGUCAAAAGUGAAAUAUACAAAGAGUUUGCAAAAAGCAAACUAGCGGCGCAUGAUGGUAGUAGUGACAGCGAUUCUGAUGAUUACGGUGAGGACAACUUGAAGGUGUAUGAAGAAAUUAUAGAAGAGUACGGCAUUAAAGAUGAUAGAGAAAAACGGAAAGUUGAAUUUAUGUCGCAUUUAAGACUAGCGACACUACAAGAUUAUAAAGUGAAAGACUUGGAGCUACAAGACAAGGUGUUAAGAAAUGACUCUGUGGCAGCUGCAUACGCUGCAGUGGGUCGCCUUGAUGUACUGCGCAACGUACCCGCCGAUGAAGAACCUAAAGAUGAAGAAAUGGAUGAAGACAAUCCUGUAUUUGACGUGCAACCGGAGAACAGAACAGCAAUGCAGAGGAAGAAGUUAUUUCUGUCGAAAUUAAAGUUAACCCAAGUCACGCAGAAAUACAAAGAAGGCUACGACAAAGUCUGGCAAGAAAUAUUAAAGGAAAGGAAACGUCGCCAUAGUAAUCCAGACUUGGAUGAUAACUGCAAGGAACCACGAUUGGGGUUCGAUCCUAAUUGUCAACUCAGAUUAUUAACAGAAAUCAAAAAGUGUGUCAAUGAUAAUAACAAUCUCAUCAAAAAGAGAUUAGACUCAACAUCGAAUGGAGAUUCGAACGAAGAAAGCAUUAAAGUGCUAGCAGAGAAGAAUUUCUCUGAACUGAACAGACUAUCAAAAAUGGCCGACACAAGUGUCAAACUGUUCAAAACACCGAACUCGAGAAAAAGAGACUUAAAUCCAGGAUUCGACAGCGAAAACAUUAAAAAUCCAAAUAUAAGAAUACAUCAACCAUAUGAAAACUAUCCUAAGAUUAAAAUUCCGAGUGUAGCGAAGAUAAUCUCUUUGAAAACGACUCAGGAAUGUCCGACUACAACAUCGACACAGGCGACAUCUAUGGAUGAGCCCCAGAAUUCAGCGGCAGGGGUGACAGAGGUUGUAGAGGAGACAGCGCCACCUGGGGUGACUCGUGACAUUGGUUGUCAAGUAGACGAGCCCACGUGGGCCGGGCUGGAGGCACUGGCGAAGAGUUACCGAGAGUACGAUGCAGUUCGCCGAAAAGAAAUAAUCGAGUUGCACAAACGCAACACUACACUCAAGAUAGAGGGCGCGCAUAUCACGAGGUCUGCAUCACGUGACUCGGACACGGCGCGCGCGCUGCUGGCUGAGCGACAGAACCUCUCCGUCGAAGAGAACAAACUACGCGUCUCGCUGAAGAAGAUACAACAGGCUAUUGAUGUUAUUAGGAACUAUUAG